CCCGAACUCUCCUGAUUUUGCCACCAGAAGACACCGUCGCCGGCAGCCAGCGGAGCGCCGGAGCCCAGGGAUUGGAGGUACACUGACGCCGCAGAUCGUCUGCCGCCCUCUGGCCACCGUUCCCACGUUGAUUGUAGGAUGGGUCUGCUAUCGCUGCUGCGCAAACUGAGACCCAAUCCGGAAAAGGAGGCUCGCAUCCUGCUCCUGGGCCUGGACAAUGCGGGCAAGACCACGAUACUGAAGCAGCUGGCCUCGGAGGACAUUACCACGGUAACGCCCACGGCCGGGUUUAACAUCAAGUCCGUGGCAGCCGAUGGCUUUAAACUGAAUGUUUGGGACAUCGGGGGCCAGUGGAAAAUACGGCCGUAUUGGAAGAACUACUUUGCUAACACUGAUGUGCUGAUCUAUGUAAUUGACUGCACGGAUCGGGCGCGACUGCCGGAAGCGGGCAGCGAGCUGUUCGAGAUGCUCAUGGACAACCGGCUGAAGCAGGUGCCCGUGCUGAUCUUCGCCAACAAGCAGGAUAUGCCGGAUGCCAUGACGGCCUCCGAGGUGGCCGAGAAGAUGAGCCUGGUGCAACUGCAGGGAAGAACCUGGGAGAUCAAGGCCUGCACUGCUGUGGAUGGAACUGGUCUCAAGGAGGGAAUGGACUGGGUCUGCAAGAACAUGAAGAAGUAAUCUAAAUUAUCGUUCUCCUCGCUUGUUAAGUUGUCCCUAAGCUCUAAAUCAUAAAUAUACGUACCUACUUUUAGCUUCACUUCAAGAUAAA